CCUCCAAUCAGUAGCGUGUUGACCGUCAAGAUGCCGAGAUUGUUGAGCAAGUGCAGCGUGGCCGCCGUUCUUUGGGCGCCUGCAGUGCUCCUUUUGAUUUUGGAUUGUCAAGGAGGUUUAACGGGAGCUGUGACCACCAGGGCACCACCACCUACUAGAGCUCCACCGCCAGCCAGGGCACCACCGCCAACCAGGGCACCACCGCCUACCAAGCCACCACCACCAACCAAGGCUGCACCGCCCACGAGGACUCUACUGCCCAGAGCGGCUACACACCCCACAGCCGGCUAUUGUGUGCCGGAAUUAUGUGAGCUGUACAAUGGAACGCACGUGGUUAAUGAACCACAUACCGCUUGCGGCAACGAUGGCAGCUUUUCCCCCGCCUGUGGACCGGAGCCCAAGCUCCUGGAUAUGAGCGAUCGGCGCCGCCAACUCCUGCUGGACAUGCACAAUUUGGCCAGAUCAAAGAUCGCCAGCGGAAAACUCGAGGGCUAUCAAAGUGCCGCCCACAUGCCGCUCCUGCGCUGGGACAACGAACUGGAGCAAAUGGCAGCCCUGCAUGCCAAACGCUGCCAAUUCGCCCACGACAAGUGCCGCAAUACGCCGCGCUUCAAGUUCAGCGGUCAGAACAUCGGUUACUUUUGGAUUGGACGCGAGUUCAAGUCGCAUUCGCGGCGCAUGAAGUCCUUUGUGAUCAACUGGUUCCGCGAGUACCAGGAUGCCGACCAGAGCUUCAUCGAUAGCUAUCGCCGACAUCCGCAGGGCAAGAAGAUUGGACAUUUCACCCUUAUGGUCUCGGAUCGAGUGAGUCGGGUGGGCUGCGCUGCUAUCCGCUUCCUGGAACCCAAUUCCAAUCGCUUCCAGUUCAUGCUGACGUGCAACUAUGACUACAACAACAUAUUAGAGGAACCCAUUUACCAAUCGGGUCCGGCGGGUUCCAAGUGCCCCCAGCACCGGAUCAGCGAGAAGUUCCCCGGCCUGUGCGAUUGGCGGGACCCUACGAACGAUGUUGAGAGCGAGGAAAGCGCCGAGGACGAUAACACCCUGGACAAUAAUAUACCCCUGUGAAACGAAUCAAUCAAUAGGAUAAGGAAAUAAUACUCGUAGUCACUUACCUGGCAUAAGUUACAUAACAUACAUUUUUUUGCUAGUGUUUAAGCAAUUAAAAAUCUUCUAAAAAUAUUAA